AGAUUUUCCCUUUUAACGGAGUGGGAAUGUACAUGGGAAGGAGACAUAUCAAUCCUUACAUUAAGCCAUGCAAUUAAUGUAAUCCAAGAUGAAGCCGUUUUUUCCACGUCUCCUCUUUCACAAUAAGAGACCCUCCCCUCCCACAUUCUCAAUGGCCUUUGAGGAGGUAUAAAAGCCUUGACGGCUGCUGUCGCCACAGGACCAGUUCAAGUGCAAUACUACAUUGUGUACUGUACACCGCCGGACCCUGUCUCUGACCUCCAGCCAUGCUGACCAGGAACAUUCUCAUCCUCUGCUCAUUGGCACUGGUACUGGUUGAAGCGGACCUUGAAGCAGCUGAAGGAGGGUCCCAAGCCAUGUUUGCCACAGAUCAUGAUUCAACCUCAGAUGAAGCUCCAACUGAAAGCAUGAACCUAGUCUCACCCGACCUGCCCAACGAUGAGUUUCUGUAUUACAACGGAGCAAUUGCAGACGCAAGCAGCACCAGUGCUGAGGCAGGAAACAGUGCACCUCAAGUAAAGGACGUGCCCAAAGCUGAUGCAGCUAAAUCCAGUAUGGAAGAAAAUGAUGAUGAAGCUCCAGACUCAGACGAGGCAGCGGCGGCAGCGGCUGUCAAACCCGCCCCAGUCCCAGUCCAGCAGCGUGCAAACAAAUCCCAUAAUGCAUCAGCACGCAAGCGGAGCAAGCCCGUCUCUGCCUCAAAAAAGAGAUCAAGAAACCUCCGUCCCUGAGACGUGAACUGUGGAGAAACAGGGCAGAGCUGCAAUGACAAGGCAGUGACAGAAGAAGGAAAAAACAAACUAUACAGUUUAUGUUUUCAGUGGCAUUUUUUAUUUUUGUUUGUUUUGAGAAUCUUGAACUAAACUUUAUCCUCUGUGAUGUCCUGAUCUGUGUGUGUGUGUGUGACUGUGUGUGUGCGUGUGUGUUGGUGUGAAUGGUUCUGCGGCCUCAUGGGAGUUUUCCUGUAAGGUCUCUGUUAAUGUGAGCUACACGGUUGUGCUUGCCAAAUAUUCUUCAGACUUUACCCAGAGGCAAGGCUGACGUGGACACUUUACACUUAUACCAUUGAUUUGAUUUUAGAUCAGACUAGUCAAAAAUGAUAAGCUGACAAUUUAUAGAUGGUUCAUUUUUUUUGCUUGAUUAUUUACAGGAUAAAUUUGAAUCUAAAAAUAUCUCAGACUUGAUGAGAAUACUGGUGCUGGCGACCUGAUGCCGUCGUGCUCAGACGUGCCGUGAUUCUAGCAGACACAGAAGCCUUCGCUCUCCUCACAAUGUCAGUGUUUGAAUCAAAAGUGUUUCUCUCUUUGUUUUCAGUUACUUUUUUAUACACAAAGUAUUUAACAUUAUUGAAUUUACAAAUAUUACAAUCAGUAACAUGUGAUUCUGAAACAUUUCUUUCUUUUUAUUGUACCCCUAAA